AUGUCUAACGAUGAACUACCCGUGUAUAUAAUCCCUGAAUUCUCAUCGUCGUUGUCGUCGUCGUUAUCAUCGUCUUCUGACGGCUUCGAAUUUUUGGCUUCUGUUGCUCUUGCAGCCUUAGAAGAAGACACUGCACACACACGAAGAUAUAUUUGGAGAGAUCGACACUCGGCUCAUGAAAGAUUGAUGUCCAUGUACUUUGUGGAUGAGUCGAUGUUUGAGGACGAUGUCUUCCAUACGAGAUAUCGUAUGUCGAGGAGGUUGUUUUUGAAAAUCGUGGAAGAUAUCACUGCAUCAUUUCCAUGGUUUCACUUUUUGGCAAAUGCUACGGGUAUUAGAGGGUUCUUGGCAAUUCAAAAGUGCACGUGCGCGCUACGGCAACUAGCGUACGACAACCUCGCCGACAACUAUGAUGAGGGGUUGUUGUUCUCUACUACAAUGGCACGUGAGUGUCUAGACAACUUUUGCAUCGCCAUAAAGCAUCUUUAUGGUGAAGAGAAUUUGUGUUCUCCGACUAGCCACGAUGUUGCGCGUUUAUAUGAGGUGCAUGAAGCCAGACAUCAUUUUCUUGGCAUGAUCGGUAGCAUCGACUGUAUCCACUGGACUUGGAGAAAUUUUCCACAUAGUUUGCGUGGGCAAUACUACCGGGGUGAUCAUGAACGCUCGACUAUCAUACUUGGGGCCGUAGCUUCCUAUGAUUUAUGGUUUUGGCAUGCGUAUUUCGGUGUUGCAGGGUUAAACAAUGACAUCAAUGUUUUGAAGCAAUCGCCAUUGUUUAUUCCCGAAGUGAAUGGGAAGUCUCCUAAGUACGACUUUAUCGUAAACGGGCGCCGUUACAACAGAGGAUACUAUCUAGGGGAUGGUAUUUACCCACAUUGGUCUUGUUUUGUGAAGGCGUAUGCUUACCCAGUCGCUCGUUAG